CAUUAAAUUGCAAUGAAGUCCAACCAAAUAGAGAAAUGUACCUUUGUUCUUGACACCAUUGUGACAAAGUUUGAAUCACCAAACGUACAAAUUAAAGACCCCAAAAAAUUGCAAGUAACUUUAACAUUUAGUGGUAUAACAGUAGGCCUAACCGCAAGCCGCAUCAAUGUUACCGAAUUUAAAGUCGGUUCUAGCACUGAGUUUCAGGAGCAGCCGGCAAGCCUGCGCAAGAACCUAGCAAAGUGUGGCAUACCCAUUUUGGUCACGUACAAUAAUCGAGCUCUGGGUACCGGUCAGAUCAUUUUGCCCCCGACCAUCACUGAUAGCAUUGUAGACCAGAUGGUUGAUCUGAUGAUCUCGGACAAAUGUCAACUUACAGAAAAUGGUGAAGUUGUAGGCACCGUUGAGGUGCUCUGCCGUUUAAUCAUUAAGUGCGAAAAUAAGCCAAAGACAGGAGAGAUUGAAUGUGUUCCGAAUAUGGCUAAAUGCAUCAACCUGCAAGACAUAAUGUUUCUUCUGAGCGAGUCCCAGCGAUGCCCAAGCCCUUGCGAUCCUUGUCUGGAUGCACUAGAGCCAGAGGAGGGCGAUGAACGCCUAAAAUUGGAUUUUAAACGCUAUGAAAGCGUCCCUGUUGGUUCCCCUAAGCCCAUUGAAACUUUCACACAUGACCCAACAGGCCAUUCUAUCUGUAGAGAACUAAAGAAAAUGUCCCUAGAGUAUGGAGAAAUUAUUGACUCGGUUCUAAAGCGCACUGGCCAAUUGAAGCCUUUCAUGGACCCUGACCAGGGCAGUGAUAGUCCGUCAAGCGUUUCGCACUUGCAAGCGAUUCCAAAGGUGCCAGCCGGGGAAAUCAAUUCUGAGACGUUGACCCAAACCAAUCCGAUACGUUUCUGCCCUGUCUGCCUGAAGAAUAUGUCAUGGUUGCCCAAAUUCGCCGCAUGUCCGAAUUGCAGCGUCAAACCUAUGCCGGUCGUAAAUGUUCAGAAGGAGCCGAUGCCAACAGCGGAAGAAGUACUAAUUGAAUAUAUGGGCAAGCCCCCGGAAACUAUUGAAGAUUACUGUAAGAGUUUCCCUACAAAACAUGCUAAGGAAAAUUCUAGUGAAAAUAGUGAAGUGUGCGGGUGCACCUGUAAGUUCGGAAAACUCUGUGCCCACUGCCGAGUGCGCGUAAUGUGCGCGGAUUUCUUUAAAUCUGAAAAAAAAGAGGAAUCUGCGCCCGUGACUCAAGCGAGUGAGGAAGAUCCAGCCGGCGAUUAUUGUUUAUCGCUUCUCCAACCAGAUAUGUCUCGCCCUUUUCUGGCACGUGUGUUCUCUGAGUUACGCGAUUUGCACAACAUUGAGAACACCAAGCGGCCGUCGGACCUUGAAAGGGAAUGUAAUCAACAGUCGGCACGCAAGAAAACCCGACAUACACUCAGUCUGUCUCGUAAAAAUGAGAAAAGAGAAACCGCAAUUAGAGAGCGUAGAGAAGUGACAAGACGUUACAUUACUACCCAGAAUUCAAACAAGCCGAAGCGCAAGCCUCCAAAUACAGGCCACAAUACCUGUGCUAAUGGGCCGUGCCUAGUUUCGCGUCGUCACGGCUGGAAUUGGGCCAACAGCCAGGAGGCACGGAAGUUUGGCUGGCGGCCCGGAACGGUAUCAAGGCCUAUUAAAAGGCUUAUGAAAUUUUUCUUGCAUAAUUCGGAAGAGCAAAAUGUAUGCAAGGAAGUAGAAGAAAAAGAAAUCAAGAAGGAAAGAGACCUUCCCAUUCUGAACAUGUGCAAAAGGAAUGGUGAAAUCUUCAUAACCCUGAGAGCGAUCAAUAAUAAUAACGCUAGGAUGGAACCCAUUGUGUUUAAGGUGGUCAAAAGCGAACUUGCUAAGAUUCUAAGCGAGAUAAAGAAGAACCUCAAGGACAAGGGAUUUCGCAAGUGCACCUGCCACAGGACCUUAUUGUUGUGUACCUGUCGAAACUACAUGGAAAGAGAGGAGCUUAAGAACGCACUAGAACAGGAAUGUCACAGCCGUGGCAUAGAAACUUGCGUAAGUGAUCUGGUGCUCACAGACACGAGUGAAAGCGACGUGGACUUUGAUUUUAAUGUAACACCGCCGGUGGGCGUGGCAAAGCCUCCUUUACCAAAGGCCCGCACCGUCGAGCGUAGCACACAGACGGCCAAGCCCGACUUAAAAGUGCAACCAAAGUAUCCAAAGCACCAGAGCUUCUAUUGGCGAGCCUAUAACUGUGCUGCAGGCGAUCGCUAUACGAGCACGGCAUUCGGAGCUCCUGGUGAAGUUGUUUUCGAGGAUGGCGCCUUUAAUUGUAAAGGUGGCGGGCCACACGGCGUGUCUGCUUGUCCAGGAGGAAGACCGAAAACCGCAGCUAUUUGGGGUGAUAAACCUGGUGGACCCAUGCGCGGACCUAUUCGACAACAAGGAAAUCCAGCGAAGAUGCCAUUUGGGCAUUGUAAAGAUAAGUCUGUAAGUGGUAGUAAACCCAUUCCGGUGAGGAUGCCUAAGCGUUUAUUGAAAGCUGCCUUAGAGGCUGCUGAAGCGGAGAAAAAUGCCGAGAAGCUGAAAGCAGAAAUGAAAAAGAGAGGUCCCGAUAUGAUGAAAUAUAUGAUGGCACACGGCGAAAUUGCUAGGCCAUGGAAUCCUAACGAUCCCGAUGCGAGCAAAGGUCCUAAGAUUAAGCCUAGCGCCAUGGUCGGCGCGGAUGGCCUCACCAGCGCCCAACGCAAGCGUAUCGCACUCCUCCAAAUGCCCAUGCCCCCAAUCGACACCAUCACCCGGCUUGGUAAGGGUUAUCCUGCUGACUGCUGUUAUUCUCAUGCGGCCCAAUGCUAUAACCCAUGUGGGGCACAGUGCUACGACUCAUGUGCUUACUAUUGCUAAGAGCAGAUCGCGUACUUUCGAGCAUGUGCUAUUUGCAUACAUGGAACAAAAUCUACAGAUGACUUUUUU